AUGGGAGGGAAAUCCCUGUACCUUCUGAUUGUGGGGGUCCUUGUAGCAUAUUAUGUUUAUACACCUCUCCCGGAUAAUUUGGAGGAGCCAUGAAGAAUGGUGUGGUUGGGCACACAGUUGAGAACUGCACCACAUUUGGCUGCAUUUCUUGACUUUCUAGGAAUUAACCAUUAUAUGGAUACCUUUAUGUUCUUCAUGAGCUUUCCUGAAGUCCCACCAACCUCAGAUGAGAAUGUCACUGUGAGCGAGACGACUUUCAACAACAUUCAUGUCCGUGUGUACAAGCCAAAGAGGAAGUCCGCAGCGCUAAGAAGGGGUGUGUUUUACAUUCAUGGUGGUGGCUGGUGUCUGGGGAGUGCUGCAUUACAUAUUUAUGACAUGCUGUCGAGAUGGACAGCAGCCAGACUUGAUGCUGUUGUCGUAUCAACCAACUACAGAUUAGCACCUAAGUAUCACUUCCCAAUUCAAUUUGAAGAUGUAUAUAAUGCCUUACCGUGGUUCUUGCGCAAAAAAUUCUUGCGCAAAAAAGUUCUUGCAGAAUAUGGCGUGAAUCCUGAAAGAACUGGCGUUUCUGGAGACAGUGCGGGGGGGAAUUUAGCCGCAGCUGUAACGCGACAGAUUGACCUCUUAGAUGACCCAGAUGUCAAGAUCAAACUCAAGAUUCAGUCUUUAAUUUAUCCUGCCCUUCAGCCGCUUGAUGUAGACUCACCAUCAUAUCAAGAAAACGCACAUUUUCCAGUUCUCUCCAAAUCACUCAUGGUCAGGUUCUGGAGUGAGUAUUUUACUGUAGACGGAUCACUUGAAAAAGCCAUGCUUUCGAACCAGCAUAUCCCUGUGGCAGUGAGUCAUCUAUUCAAGUUUAUUAACUGGAGUUCCUUGCUCCCUGAGAGGUUUAAAAAAGGACAUGUUUACAAAACUCCAACUUAUGAUAGUUCUGAGCUAUCAAACAAGUAUCCAGGGUUCCUGGAUGUGAGGGCAGCCCCCUUGUUGGCUGAUGAUAACAAACAUUUACCCCUGACCUAUGUUGUCACCUGUCAAUAUGACGUCUUAAGGGACGAUGGGCUCAUGUAUGUCACCAGACUUCGAAAGGCUGGAGUUCAGGUGACCCAUAUCCACGCUGAGGAUGGAUUCCACGGCACAUUUGCAUUUCUGGAAUUGAAAAUUAGCUCCAGGAUGAUAAAUCAAUAUAUUAGUUGGCUAAGGGAAAAUCUAUAG